GGCUCAUAUAGAGAAUCUCCCUCCUCAUCUUUGGUUGGUUGUCUCUGGUUGAAAGCUCGAGCUCGGAAAAGCUUUUCGUCCAUCAUUUAGCACACUUCAAGUGAGAAGAUACAUUCUUACUCACACAAUGUAUGCAGUAUAUUAUUUGCAAGUAAUUUUCAUCAAUUCCGAACGUUAAGUUCAUAAUUAUUAUAAUUAUUCAUGAGAGUUUGACGAGGAAUUCAAAAGUAAUAAAUUGAAACAAGUUCCGUGAACCACUCGAGUGAGAUCUAUAUAAUGCCUACAUGCAUUGUUUAAUAUCAACAAUCUUUCCACAAAAAUUUGAAGUUUGAUCAGCUAUCGUGCUUUUUUACGACAGACUUCGGAGAAAUGUGGUUGUGCUGAAAUCUGAAUCCCUUAGGUGCGUUGGAACAUAGGUAGUGCCGCUGUUCGCCUCUUCAAGUACAGGUAUCUGUAUGAUGUUUUCAUCAGGUCUCAGCUGCAAUCUAUCCUUCCCCAGUUGCCUGGGCCAUUCGCAGGACAACGAAGAAUUGUUACCAAAAAUGGCCAGAGAGCCAAUAAUUCUUAAUGUUUACGAUAUGUAUUGGAUAAAUGAGUACACUACACCGAUUGGAUUGGGUGUAUUUCAUUCAGGAGUUGAAAUUUAUGGAACAGAAUACGCGUAUGGAGGGCAUUCAAAACCGAUCUCUGGAAUUUUUGAGAUAACACCAAGAGUUGCCGAGGAGUUAGGGGAGCAGUUUAGGUAUAGGCAAUCAGUACACAUUGGAUAUACAGAUUUCACGGAAGAAGAUGUAUGCAGAAUUGUUGCCGAAUUAGGAAAAGAUUUUAGGGGCGAUCGUUACCAUUUAAUGAACAAGAAUUGCAACCAUUUUAGUAGUCAACUUACCAUGAUUUUAUGUGGUCAAGAAAUCCCAGGGUGGGUAAAUCGCCUCGCGUAUUUCAGUUCUUGUGUACCAUUCCUUCAACGUUGCCUACCGAAAGAGUGGUUGACACCUGACGCGCUGCAAUACUCGUUGAUUCAAGCCAGUCACGAAAGUACACCAACAGAAAGUACGUCUUCCGACACUUCAUUGUAACAUUCGGCCAAUCUGACGAAACGGGGAGAGUACGAAUGUGAAUACGGACGGAGUUACGGAUUAGAUUGUCGUAGGAGAUACACCUUUUAGAGAGUUUACGCGCAAAGGAAGUUUAUCAUGACAUUAAACUACGUAUAUCGCCAGGAUCGCGAGGAAUCCGAGAAACAAAACCGUCAAAACGAGGUACAAAUUUAAAUAAAUUGUACUCCCGAAUUCCAUUGGUGAUUUAAUCAUACUGGAAAAAUGCCUUUCUUGCAACGUGUCGUUUCCUCAAUUUUGGACGGCAGUAUAAAAUGUCGUGAGUUCUCUAUUGUAUUACGCAGUUAAAAUCGACGAGUAAAUACGUAAAUUAAAA